UCUGCGCUUGUCAUCAUGGCGACGCGGGGCCAUGUGCAGGACCCUAACGACAGGCGCCUCCGUCCCAUUUACGAUUAUCUUGAUAAUGGUAAUAAUAAAAUGGCAAUUCAACAAGCAGAUAAAUUGUUGAAGAAACAUAAGGAUCUUCAUUGUGCUAAGGUUUUAAAGGCAAUUGGUUUACAGAGAACUGGAAAGCAAGAGGAAGCCUUCACCUUGGCACAGGAGGUGGCGGCCCUUGAACCCACAGAUGACAACUCGCUACAGGCACUGACUAUUCUUUACCGGGAGAUGCAUCGACCGGAGUUAGUUACAAAACUCUAUGAGGCAGCUGUGAAGAAAGUUCCCAAUAGUGAAGAGUAUCACUCUCACCUCUUCAUGGCUUAUGCCAGAGUGGGCGAAUAUAAGAAAAUGCAACAGGCUGGCAUGGCUCUAUAUAAAAUUGUCCCCAAAAACCCUUAUUACUUUUGGUCUGUGAUGAGCUUAAUUAUGCAAUCUAUAUCGGCACAGGAUGAAAACCUCUCAAAAACGAUGUUUUUGCCCCUUGCUGAAAGAAUGGUAGAAAAAAUGGUGAAAGAAGACAAGAUAGAGGCUGAGGCUGAAGUUGAACUUUAUUAUAUGAUCUUGGAACGUUUGGGAAAGUACCAGGAAGCCUUGGAUGUUAUCAGAGGAAAAUUAGGAGAGAAGUUGACGAGCGAGAUUCAGAGUCGGGAAAAUAAAUGCAUGGCUAUGUAUAAGAAGCUGAGCAGGUGGCCAGAGUGCAAUGCCCUUUCCAGGCGCCUCUUACUGAAAAACUCAGAUGACUGGCAGUUCUAUCUGACUUAUUUCGAUUCUGUCUUUCGACUGAUUGAAGAGGCCUGGACUCCUCCUGCUGAAGGUGAACACUCUUUAGAAGGAGAAGUGCAUUAUUCUGCAGAAGAAGCUGUGAAGUUUAUAGAAGAUCGGAUAACAGAAGAAUCUAAAAGUUCACGCCAUCUCCGAGGACCACAUCUUGCUAAACUUGAACUGAUUAGACGUUUAAGACGUCAAGGUUUUAAUGAUGAGUACAAACUGGGCGAUCCAGAAGAAUUAAUGUUCCAGUAUUUUAAAAGGUUUGGGGAUAAACCUUGUUGUUUUACAGACCUCAAGGUGUUUGUUGACCUGCUACCUGCUACACAGUGUACAAAAUUUAUUAAUCAGUUACUUGGAGUUGUUCCUUUGUCGACACCAACCGAGGAGAAGCUGGCGCUGCCUGCGGACAUCAGAGCUCUGCAGCAGCAUCUGUGUGUCGUGCAGCUGACGAGGCUGCUCGGCUUGUACCACACUAUGGAUAAAAACCAGAAGCUGAGUGUGGUCAGAGAACUGAUGCUAAGGUAUCAGCACGGACUAGAAUUUGGGAAAUCCUGUUUGAAAACCGAAUUGCAGUUUUCAGACUAUUACUGUCUCCUUGCUGUCCAUGUGCUUAUUGAUAUAUGGAGAGAAACAGGUGACGAGACUGCUGUGUGGCAGGCCCUGACUUUGCUGGAAGAGGGAUUAACCCACAGCCCUUCCAAUGCUCAAUUCAAAUUGCUGCUUGUUCGAAUCUACUGUGUGCUGGGGGCUUUUGAACCAGUGGUGGAUCUGUACUCCAGCCUUGAUGCUAAGCAUAUCCAGCAUGACACCAUUGGCUAUCUUUUGACCCGAUAUGCCGAAUCCCUAGGUCAGUAUGCUGCUGCAUCCCAAUCCUGUAACUUCGCACUCAGGUUUUUCCACUCCAACCAGAAAGAUACCUCAGAAUAUAUUAUUCAAGCUUACAAAUAUGGUGCAUUUGAGAAGAUCCCAGAGUUUAUCGCUUUUAGGAACAGGCUGAAUAAUUCUCUUCAUUUUGCACAAGUCCGUACUGAACGGAUGUUGUUAGACCUUCUACUUGAAGCAAAUAUAUCAACCAGUUUAGCAGAAAGUAUAAAAUCAAUGAAUCUUCAGCCGGAAGAAGAUGACAUUCCAUGGGAAGCCUUGAGAGACAACAGAGACUUAAAUGUUUUUUUCAGCUGGGAUCCAAAAGACAGGGAUGUUUCUGAAGAACAUAAGAAACUUUCCUUGGAGGAAGAGACCAUGUGGUUAAGAAUCCGUUCCUUAACAUUGAGGCUGAUUAGUGGACUUCCAAGUCUGAACCACCCCAUGGAGCCAAGGAACUCAGAAAAGACCACUGAGAAUGGCGUGUCCUCCCGGAUUGAUAUUCUUCGUUUACUCCUUCAACAGCUGGAGGUGGCCCUGGAGACGGGAAAGCGAUUCAUUGAGAAGGAAGUUCAGUAUCCUUUCCUUGGUCCUGUACCUACCAGAAUGGCUGGAUUCUUUAGUUCUGGCUGUUCUCAGUGUCAGACCAGUUCUUUUUAUCUUGUUAGUGAUAUUUAUGAGCUGGACACCAGUGGUUUAGAGGAUACAGUGGAGAUCCAGGAGAGAGUAGAGAAUAGUCUUAAGUCUUUACUAGAACAAUUAAAAGAUGUCUUCAGUAGAUGUAAAGGUGACCUCUUAGAAGUUAAAGAUGGUAAUUUGAAAACACGACCUGCUCUUUUAGAGAACCUAGUCUUCUUUGUCGAGACCAUUUCUAUUAUCCUUUGGGUGUCCAGUUACUGUGAGAGUGUCCUGCGACCAUACAAAUUAAAUUUACAGAAAAAGAAAAAGAAGAAAAAAGAAACCAGCAUCAUCAUGCCACCUGUCUUCACCAGUUUCCAAGACUAUGUUACUGGGCUUCAGACUUUAAUUUCCAACGUUGUGGAUCAUAUUAAAGGGCUUGAAACACAUCUAAUUGCACUUAAACUUGAAGAACUUAUUUUAGAAGAUACUUCUCUCUCACUGGAAGAGAGAAAAUUUUCAAAGACUGUGCAAGGGAAGGUGCAGAGCAGUUAUCUACACUCACUUCUGGAAAUCGGAGAGCUGCUGAAAAAAAGACUGGAGACCACAAAGAAACUAAAAAUUUAAGGAAGUGGGAACCACAGGCACCAGUGACUUUACACCAGAAAAUGAUAUCAUCUUCCCAGGCAAAAGCUCCAUCUGGUUGACCAUCAUUUUAAUCCAGAACUUCCUCAUAAAAUGCAUGAAGGACUUUGAUUGUGAAUUAAUUUUUUAGGUAUUAAAUGUAUACAAUUGAUUAAAUUAUUGUAUAUAAAUCAGAAGCAGGACCCUCAUCUGGGUUUGACCACUUUUUAUACAUGUUCAUAUGCAUAUGGCAGCCACAAGAGAACCCCACUUUUCUUCUUUCCUCCCAUCACCAGAAACAUCUGGUGGGUGGGUGGGGGUCCUAUAAAAGCAGCAAUAGAAGUUAAGCGUAAAGCAUUGACCUCAGAGCAGCUGAAUGGUCCUACCAUUAUCAUAGUGGGUGUUUGGUCUGUCCUUGAGCCUUAGGAAGCAGGAAGCAGAAGUAGGGGGACCAUGACUGGGAGCAGGCCCUCUUUCCACCUUAGUUCAGUUUUGAGGCUUCCUCAGCUGCUUGGCUCCCACAGAACCCAAAGCAGAUACCCAAAGGGCCUCAGAUGAAAUUUGGCAUAAGCACCUGUCACUGAAGAGCGCCACUUAGAUGACUAUAGGCACUCAGUGUUUGGCUUAAUAGUCCAAUAGCCAAGAAAUCCCCAUCCUAGUUCCUGUGAGAGUUAAAUCACAGAUAGGCUUGUGUUAACUUACACCAUAUGGAAGGGAAAGCAGUGCAGACCACUUAUGAGCCUGCUAAGGACUAGCUUGCUGUCUUUCAUCCAUCUUUGGGAAAGAUGGGAAUCACUGUUUUAAAGAGACGUGUACAUAAUUUAUGCAGGCAAGUCUGAUACCAAUGUCAUUGGUUUUGUGAGAUAUAUAUAUAUGUAUAUGCUUUUACAUAUAUAUUUUUCAAGCACACAAACACGUGUGUGUGUGUG